UGAGUGCAAAAAUAUUUGCAUGCCCUGCGGAGCAUAAAAAAGAGUGUUGAACGAGAGGAGAACAGCUUGACAUUGACAUUGGAAGCCACGCGGAGAGAGCCAGGACAGCCAGAGCUUUGCAAGCUCUCUCCCAGGACUAUAAAAGCCACAUCCUGGCCAGUCGAGGCUGCAUUUGCCAACAAAUCGCGCAACAGGGCAGGACGAGCCCAGCUUCGAGUUGCUUCGAAACGGUCAAAACGGCACGCGUUAUCCUCGGUUGUUAGUCCUGUGCUCCGAAAAUACAUCCAUCUAUAUAGCCAUUUGCAUUUUUUUGUUGGCUAACAUGCCUGGUUCGAAGGAGGAGACGCCACAUCCGAUGCACAGAGCCAUUAGCCAGCAGGGUCACCAUGUUCUGGACGGCGGUAGCCUCCUCGACGCUCUCCUCGAACAGCGCCGAGAGCUCGGCGGGAUUGGCCAGCGCGGCGCCCAGCUACCAGCAGCAGCACACGAAGCCCUCGCCGCUGAGAGCCUCCUCCAGCAGCUGGCAGCUUAGCAAUGCUGCAUUCAAAUCGCGUCUGCAACAGCAACAGCUACUGCAGCAGCACCAGCAACAGAUACAGAUACAGCAGCAGCAGCAGCACGAGCAGCAGCAACUGCAACUGCAACAGCAAUCCGGGGAAGUGGCCCAACAGGAAGUGCAGGCAAGCAAGGAGCCCAAACACUCUGCUGGGCAGAAGCACAAACUUUCAACGGCGAACAUCAAAAAGAAAAUCAGUCCAAGGAGUGAAAGUAAAAUAUUCAAAGCUCUCACCUCCUGCAAGUGCACCCAGAAGUAGGGUGAAGUGCAAGUGUACAAAUGUCAAAACAAUAAGAACCCAACAGUUCAAUAUUUUUUGAUGCAUUUUCAAGUUAGCAACUAUGAAACCAAAACACAAACUAAAAGAAAAACAAUAAGAAACCAAAACAAUAAAGUUCCUGAGGAUUUAAAAGUGAGACACAUUGAGUAAUAUUUGCAUAUCACACUUUGAGGAAUAAAACC